AUGGCGGGCAGCGCGGAGACGACACGGCAGGCGGCACGGACGGAGGUGAGGUCGACUCGUGGGGCGAGGAGGGCGAGGGGGCAGCGCGGGGCAGCAAGAGGCGUCUCUCUAAUCCCCCCCUUCCAUUCCCUUCAGCAUGGCGGGCAGCGUGGAGACGACACGGCGGGCGGCACGGACGGAGGUGAGGUGCUGAUUCAUCGCUUCAACGAGGUCGACUCGUGGGGCGAGGAGGGCGAGGGGGCAGAGCGGGGCAGCAAGAGGCGUCUUUCUAAUCCCCCCCUUCCAUUCCCUUUAGCAUGGCGGGCAGCGCGGAGACGACACGGCGGCGGCACACGGACGGAGGUGAGGUGCUGCUCCAUCGCUGCAGCGAGGUGUCCAAGACCCGAAGACCGCCUCCGACUGCGGCAUAGGUGUUGUGCGGCAGGGGUUGCUGACGGCGUUGGGUCGGACGCGGCCCGCGCCUGA